UGGAGUUUGAUAUGAUUAAGGAAUAACCAGAGGGACACGUCACAAAUUCACCAUAAUCAAGGAGAACCUUUCCGAGCGGUGAUCUGUGAAAUUGCUCAGUGAGCACACCUAAUUAACCUGAUUUUUUGCUGAUAAUCAUUCACAAUGGAAUCAAAUCAAAAAUCCGGGGAUGGAAUGGCUGGCACACAGAAAGAAGCAUCUCUCCGCACGCUAAUUCAGCGGACUGGAUAUAGUUUGACGCAGGAAAAUGGGCAGAGGAGAUAUGGAGGUCCACCUCCUGGUUGGGACGGCCCGCCACCAGAAAGAGGAUGUGAGAUUUUUAUUGGCAAACUUCCCCGUGAUUUAUUUGAGGAUGAACUCAUACCACUGUGUGAAAAGACAGGGAAAAUCUACGAGAUGAGGAUGAUGAUGGAUUUUAAUGGAAAUAAUAGGGGAUAUGCAUUUGUAACCUUCACCAACAGACAGGAUGCCCGGGAUGCCAUCAAACAACUCAAUAAUUAUGAAAUCAGAAACGGGCGGCUAUUGGGGGUUUGCGCCAGUGUUGAUAACUGCCGGUUAUUUGUUGGUGGAAUCCCAAAAACCAAGAGACGGGAAGAAAUCUUAGCAGAGAUGAGAAAAGUCACGGACGGCGUUCUCGAUGUCAUCGUCUACCCCAGCGCUGCUGAUAAAGCAAAGAAUCGGGGAUUCGCUUUUGUUGAAUAUGAAAGUCACAGAGCGGCAGCCAUGGCGAGGAGAAAGCUGCUACCAGGACGUAUCCAAUUGUGGGGGCAUCCAAUAGCAGUGGACUGGGCAGAACCUGAGGUUGAAGUUGAUGAAGAUACCAUGUCAUCGGUCAAAAUUUUGUACGUGAGAAACCUAAUGCUGACCACGGCGGAAGAGACCAUAGAAAAAGAAUUCAGUAGCGUCAAACCUGGGUCUGUAGAACGAGUAAAGAAAAUCAGAGAUUAUGCGUUUGUGCACUUCAGAAAUCGUGCUGAUGCCGUUGAUGCAAUGAAUGUUUUGAAUGGAAAGAUCAUUGAUGGCUCCCCUAUAGAAGUCACCUUGGCCAAGCCAGUAGACAAAGAAAGCUAUGUUAGGUAUACCCGAGGAACUGGAGGCAGAGGAGCAGCCAUUCAAGGGGAAUAUACCUACACCAUUGGCCAUGUUUAUGACCCAACUACGGCCUAUCUUGGGGCGCCCGUUUUCUACGCACCCCCAGCUUACACAGCUGCCAUCCCUAGCAUUCAGUUUCCUCCUGUAAAAGGAUACGUCAACAACCGCAGCCUUGUACGGCCUCCAUCUGUCAGAGAAAUUUACAUGAAUGUACCUGUAGGGGCGGCGGGAGUAAGAGGACUGGGAGGACGGGGAUACUUGGCGUACACGGGCUUGGGGCGUGGAUAUACUGGAUUCCAAAUGAAAGGAGACAAGCGGGCUGAUGACAAACUCUAUGAUAUAUUACCAGGAAUGGAGAUUACACCAAUGACCACCGUUGCUUUAAAGCCACAAGGCAUUAAGCUUGGACCACAGAUUCUAGAGGAGAUCUGCCAGAAGAACAACUGGGGACAACCAGUGUAUCAGCUUCACUCUGCUAUUGGACCAGACCAACGACAGCUCUUUCUCUACAAGGUCACCAUCCCAGCACUUGCUAGCCAAAACCCUACAAUCUACCCUUUCACACCACCCAAGCUUUGCAUAUCAGUGGAUGAGGCCAAGACGUAUGCAGCAGAUUACACCCUUCAGACCUUGGGUAUUCCAACAGAGACAGCAGAGCACCCUACAGCCUUUGCAGGAUAUACAAUUGCCAACACACCUGCAGCAGUAGCCGCCACACAGCUGAAACAAGCCGUUGCCCUUGGACAAGACCUAGCAGCCUAUGCCACUUAUGAAACCUACCCGGCCUUUGCACUUGCUGCCCGUGGGGAUGGAUAUGGCGCCUUUUAAUGGAUCCUUCUACUUUGUUUUUUGUUAAAAACUUUUUUCUUCUGAAAUCUAGAGUCAGACCUUUUAACGGAUGGGUUAUAGGGCACAGAAUAUAUUAGAGUGAUUCAUUUAAUGUUAAAAUGACAUUGACAUUAUUAGCCUUGUUGGAAAUGAAAUCAAUCAUUUAUUGAUCAUUAGUUUUUAUAUAUGUGUAAGCUAAUGCUGCCUCAUUGUAAGUAAUAGUUUAGUGUAACAGGUCCUCAGUUUCAGCCAAGUUGUUUACAUUCAUUGCACACUAUUAAAUAGUGAGCUCUAAUAUAUAUAUAUAUAUAUAUUCUGCAUUGCUCGAGUGGGGGGAAGAGGAUGGUCCAAAAAAUUUGCAGGGACUCUCUGUGUUUACAUACAACUGCAUUCACAUUGGAUGGGACUCUGUAUUCCCCUGUACUAAGCACAAUUCAACAAGAACAGCCCCCUACGUUUGCUCAUAGUCUGUACAGAGAGAUCCCAUAAAACUAUGGCAGCAUAGGUAUUCCCCUGUAUUAAGCACAAUUCAGCAGGAACAGCCCCUAAGUUUGCUCAUAGUCUGUACAGAGAGAUCCCAUAAAACUAUGGCAGUAUAGGUAUUCCCCUGUACUAAGCACAAUUCAGCAGGAACAGUCCCCUAAGUUUGCUCAUAGUCUGUACAGUGAGAUCCCAUAAAACUAUGGCAGCAUAGGUAUUCCCUGUACUAAGCACAAUUCAGCAGGAACAGUCCCCUAAGUUUGCUCAUAGUCUGUACAGAGAGAUCCCAUAAAACUAUGGCAGCAUAGAUAUUCCCCUGUAUUAAGCACAAAUCAGCAGGAACAGCCCCGUAUUUUGCUCAUAGAUUGUACAGAGAGAUCCCAUAAAAGUAUGCCAACAUAGUUAAUCCGCUGUACUAAGCACAAUUCUGUAGGGACAUUUGAGAGUAUAGUGGCCCUUUAAGAUCACCUUUAAGUUUCUGAAGUAUUGAGUAUAAAAAUCCAAAUAUUCACCUCUCUGCUUUAUCUUAUAGAGAUUCCCGACCCCCAUCCUUACCAUAAGAGUGAGCCAUGUUAUUUAAUCAAAGCAGUGACUUGUAUGUUCAGUUUCAUAAGUAUUCUGGAGGGGGGUGGUAUCAAAUACAUAUAUUGUUGUAUAAACACAUGUGUAGCGUUUCUCUCCUUCUAUAAGUCUUACUUGGCCUUUGUAAGGUUCUCCAUAUACCGUAUCUUUAAGCUAAAGUAAGACCCCAAGCCAGGGAGGGAGGCAAGCGACAGUAUUAGAUGUGCAGAAAGCACUUAUUUUUGUACAGAUGUGACUUAUAUUUGUAAAGAACUGUCACUGUGAAUAAAGAAACCAUAAUUUAAUCCUUGGAUGUCCAAAAUGUGGCCCUUGAUGAUGCUGAUGAACUACAAUCCCUUUGGUAGGUUUUUGGAGUUGUAGUUUAACAACAUCUCUACGGCUGCAGGUUGCUCAUCACUGUAAUAAUCACAGCAUCAAUUGCCUAAUGCAAAGAUCUCCAACCUGUGUCUCUCCAGCUAAUACUGAACUACAAAUCUCAGCAGCUCCUGCUGUCCGAUGAGCUACAGUUCCAGAGCCGCAAGUUGCAGAUCUUUAGGCUAACAUAAUAUUUAUCUAUGGGAACCCAACUCUUGCUGCCAUCGGGUGUCAAAUACAAUGGUGUAACAUGGGCUUGGAGGCAACAUUUUCACCAGGGUCCUACCAUUGUACAGGUAGUUACAUCACUGACCGAAUGCUUCACUUGCAGAGAGGAGGGUUCAGAAAAUUUGGUGUCCUUUAUUUGUAUCAGGAGUGGAUUGUUAUUCAGAUGUCUGAGAAUAAAAAAAAAACAAAAGGCACCAAAAAAUGGUAAUAAAUGAAAUUUUCAUGUAAAUCAGGGUUUGUAAUGCAAUGCAAAUAUAUCACUAAAUGGACCUUUAUAUAUAUAAUAAUAAAACAUGUAUAUACAGCCAA